GAAUUAUUAUCAAGACUUAAUACAAGCAGCAUGUUCCUGAGGGACUCUUCAUAUAUCUGUGUGUUCACCAUGCGGCAGAUUAACAUGACAAUAUCCUUCAAGUGUGUUUGCUCGGGUCAACAUGUCGUAACUGUGCACACACACACACACACACACACACACACACACACACACACACACACACACACACACACACACACACACACACACACACACACACACACAACCUGAUGGAGUGUGUUUACAUGGAGCUGGUCAUCUCCACACAGUCCAAUAGGAAGAUGGACGUUCUGAGUGUAGUCCUUCAGAGUUUUGAUGAAUAGCUGAAACACGUGAAGCAGAUGUUUCACGUUCAUCUCAAAGUGUCCGGAAGCAUCCGUCCCAAACCUCACGUCAUCCAUGUCUGAAGGAGUGUUCUCUGGUGUUGUUGCAGACUGGCAGAAGACGGAGGCGCAGAAGAGGCGAGAGCAGCUGCUGCUGGACGAGCUGGUCAUCCUGGUCAACAAACGGGACGCGCUGGUGCGGGACCUGGACGCCCAGGAGAAACAGGCCGAGGAGGAGGACGAGCACCUGGAGAGAACGCUGGAGCAGAACAAAGGAAAGAUGGCCAAGAAAGAGGAGAAGUGUGUGCUUCAAUGAUUGUCCUUUCUGAAAGAAACACAACCGAUAAAUGUAGCCGAUAAAAGAAAUGUAUCGUGAUUAUAAUGAUGAAUAAUAAUAUUAUUGGAUAGUGGCUUUCCUAGAUAUUUCUAUCAGUUAUUGGACGUGGUUGUUGUUUUGUUAUUCGCAGAGAGCGACCCUGCGAUGCCUUUGCACCAACUUUAUACUGACUCCCACUUAUAUAUAUAUAUACACCACGUUUUUCCUUUUGAUUCUCCUUUUCUUUACCGAGAGGUACUUGUUUGUAACAUAUGUGAGAGGAGCCCUGUGUAUUCGCAUGUUCAAGCACAGCCUUGAAUGUGGAGCAGUUUGAGGUACAGCACAACAGGGUUUCACGUGGGGAAUUAUCUUUUGUUUUCAACGUGUUGGACUUUUAAAAAGGAAAAAAAAAAUAUCAGUCUUUUUCAAGCUACUUCAUUACUUGACUGUAUCUUUUUAUCAUUUCAUUUUAGAGUUUUUACUUGUAAAAUAUCUUCAGAAAUCAUGCAUUAACUUUCCUAUUGCUUUUAUUUUUAUUGUCUUGGCUUGAAAGCAGUUUACCAAAAGAGAGAUCAUGUUUAAAAAAUAAAAAUAAAAAAAAUAUCAUGUUGUAUAUUUUUCAUCACCGCUCUGACCAAUAGCAUCCGACACGUUUCGUCUGGAUUCAUGCAGGCAUAAACAAAAAAAGAUAUAUAUUAUUUAUUGCCGUUUUGUCAUUGUGAGCUGCUUGUAAGUGGAUCUACCAUCACGUUUCAUGUGCAUUUUGAUCAACAACUUUUUUUUGGUUUGUAUUUAUUGUAUUCUGAAGAAGAGAGAUAUGCUCCACGUGCAUCACUUAGAGCUCCAUCUGGUGCACGUGUCCAACUGUUAUCUGUUUAUUUAUUCCAGUGUCAUAACCCAAGUCUUCAAUAAUAAAGUCCUUAUGAUUUCA